UGUAAAUUUCUCGGCAAAUACUGCGAAGCUCAGCUAAAGUGUACAUAUAGACACCACGGCAACCACUCAUCUUCCUAACAAAAAUUCGUGUUUGAUGAUCGAUAUCACCUUCUUUACACUUCAUUAAAACUUGGUUUGUUUUCCGAGACACCUCGUGAUCGUUGUUUUUUUCGUCUCACAUAACGACAGUGGCAUCGGUUGGUGUUUGACUUCGAAUUCAGGGAGCAAGUUUGGAUUUUUGUCAUCUGGGUGUUGUUAGUUAUGGCAGAUCUGUUCAGUGGAGCUGCUGUGGGAGCACUGAUGGGAGAGGCAUUGAAAGGGGCUAUUUCAAUCAUAAAAAAAGGUGUAGCCUUCAAAUCCACACUCGAUAGCAACAUAGAAACCUUAGAGUCUUUGGCUCCUCUGGUGGAGGAGAUGAAGAUGUACAACAUGAGGUUGGAUCGGCCCAGCAAGGAGAUAGAGAAGUUGGAGAGUCUCAUGCGAAAUAGUCAAGAGCUGGUUCGGAAGUGCUCGAAAUUGGGUCGGUCGAAAAUGUGGUCGUUCCCUUAUUACCAGAGCAAGCUUCGGAGCAAAGACGGGGCUCUCCAGACGCACUUAUCGAUGAACAUGACGGCGCAGAACACGGCGAACUUGAUGAAGGUGAUGGACGACAUGAGGAAGGUUAUGGAGAUUCUGCUAAAAGAGGGAUUCGGGCGUUAUCCUGAGUAUCAGUUCAUGGGUAUCUGUGGGGCUCCUCAAGAACCUGAGUGUUUGGGAAUGGUUGUGCCUUUAAGCAAGCUGAGGAUUGAGUUGCUCAAGGAUGGUGUGUCUGUUCUUGUCUUGACUGGUUUGGGAGGGUCGGGGAAAAGCACACUGGCUAAGAAGAUAUGUUGGGUCCCUCAAGUCAAAGACAAGUUCGGGAAAAACAUCUUCUUUGUCACUGUAUCAAAAACUCCCGACUUGAAGACCAUUGUGGAGACACUGUUUGAACACUGCGGUUUUAAGGUUCCGAAGUUUCAAACCGAUGAAGAUGCAGUAAAUCGACUGGAAGUUCUGCUGAGGCUUCUUGGGCAACAUCCAAUAUUGUUGGUCUUGGAUGAUGUUUGGCCUGGCUCAGAAGACCUUGUUGAGAAGUUUAAAAUUCAGAUACCUGAUUACAAGAUUUUGGUUACUUCAAGGGUUUCAUUUCCAAGAUUUGGCACCUCAUACCAGUUGGAUAAACUUGAUGAUGUCCAUGCAGAAUCCCUUUUCCGUCACUUUGCACAGCUGAAAGACAAAAGCUCAUACAUACCUGAAAAAAAUCUUGUCGACGAGAUAGUGAAAGGUUGCAAGGGUUCACCAUUGGCCCUUAAGGUGAUUGCUGGAUCGCUCUGUAACAAGUCUUUUGAGGUGUGGCGAGAUAUGAUGGAGCAUUUACAAAAGCAAUCCAUUCUGGAGUCUGAUACUGAUUUGCGUUUUCGUCUUCAACAAAGUUUAGAUAUAUUGGAGACUAAGUUCUCCGUCAAUGGAAAGGAGUUUUUCAUGGAUCUGGGGCUAUUUCCUGAAGAUCAAAGAAUCCCUGUAGCCGCCCUCAUUGAUAUGUGGGCAGAACUGUAUAACCUUAAUGAAGAUGGUAGCAAUGCAAUGUCCAUUAUCCAUGAUUUAACCACCAGGAAUUUGAUUAAUGUUAUAGUUACAAGGAAAGUUGCACAGGAUACAGACAUGUACUACAAUAACCAUUUUGUUUUGGUGCAUGAUCUCCUUAGAGAGCUGGCAAUACAUCUGAGCAAAGGGGAAAAAACAUUUGAACAGAGAGAAAGAGUGAUGAUUGAGUUAAAGGGAGAUAAUCGUCCUGAAUGGUGGGUAGGACUGAAUCCGCUUGGAAUCAUUGGCCGUUCCUUCUCAUACAUCCUGGGAAUGUUGCAUAGACAGAAACAACCAAAGGUUGCUGCUCGCAUAUUGUCUAUUUCAACUGAUGAAACGUUUAAUUCGGAUUGGUGUGACAUGCAACCAGACGAAGCUGAGGUUCUGGUUUUAAAUCUUCUUUCUAGCCAGUACUCGUUGCCAGAGUUCACAGAGAAGAUGCAUAAACUGAAAGUUCUGAUUGUCACAAAUUAUGGUUUCCAUCGCUCUGAACUAAACAUGUUUGAGCGACUUGGUUCUUUAACUAAUUUGAAAAGAAUCAGAUUGGAAAAGGUUUCAAUCCCUCCCCUGUGCAUAUUGAAGAAUCUACGAAAAUUGUCCAUUCAUAUGUGUAAUACACGGCAGGCUUUUGAAAGAUAUUCUAUCUCGGAUGCAAUGCCAAAUCUCGUGGAGAUGAGCAUUGAUUAUUGCAAAGAUCUGGUUAAAUUGCCUGAUGGGCUGUGUAACAUCACCCCAUUGAAAAAGCUUAGUAUCACUAACUGUCACGGGCUUUCUGCACUGCCACAAGAUCUUGCAAAGCUGGAGAAUUUGGAAGUUCUAAGGCUAUGUUCCUGCUCUGAUUUGGCAUAUAUGCCAGAUUCUGUUAAAGAGCUUAACAAACUUAGCUGUCUCGAUAUCUCAGACUGUUUAAGUCUUACCAAAUUACCAGAUGACAUUGGUGAGUUGAAGCUUCAGAAGCUCUACUUGAAGGGUUGCUCAAAACUGAGAGAACUGCCAGACUCGGUCGAUAAGUUUGAAAAUUUAGAGCAUGAAAUACACGUGAUCUGUGAUGAAGAAAUGGCUUCCCUAUGGAAAAAUUCUACCAUUCGCAAUUUGAAGAUAGAGAUACCUACAGUGGAGGUUAACUUAAAUUGGCUUCCUAGAGUUCAUUCUUGAGACAUGUUUUCUGAAAUUGAUAGGCUAGGAAUCAUGUUUGAAUUUGGAACCAUGUCACUGCAGUGGAAAAGUGGGAGUUUGAGUUGGUUGAUUCUGUUAAUAUAACACAUCAAUGUGACUUGAAAGAAUACCUCAUGUAAUUUAGCGUGGUCAUUCACGAGACAUGUUUUCUGAACUCGAUAGACUCGGCAUCAUGUGCAAAUUUAGAACCAUGUUACUGCAGUGAAAAAAGUAGGAGUUUGAGUCGGGUCAUUCUGGAAAUAUCACACAAAUUUUGACUUGUA